GGCCUAAAGCGUAUGCCCAGUCUAGAGAUGACCGACGAACACAAAAUGGAUGUUGAGAUUGAUUUGUCGGGAAACCAGAUCCAGUACAUUGGUGACGGCCGUGUGCGAUCAGUUCGGGCUCGAGUUCUUCGAUUAAGUAACAAUCGAAUCAAGGAGAUCGCCGGCUAUGCCUUCACUGGCAGCACAUUCGUCAAACUAGCCAUCAACAACAAUGUGGAGCUCACCGACUUGUCCACUGACGCCUUUAAAGGAAUCACGGAAGACCUCUCGGAUACCUCAAUCAGUGUGCUACCAAUAAUUGGACUGAAGAAUCUGAAGACCUUGGCGCUGCAAAAUGUCCCAACUUUGAAAAGACUGCCACCGGUGUUGAGUUUCACUCAUCUCGAGACAGCCCACUUCACCUAUGCUCAUCACUGUUGCUUAUUCAAGUACGUCGAUGACGUGGUUGAAGGGGAAAACGGUCUGUACAAAAGUAAUGCUCGAGAAAUCCAUCAUCGUAUCUGUAAGCAACGGGAAACGAGCAGGAAGCGCGAUCUGUGGUCGACUUUGAUGGAACAGUGGUUCCGUGAUGCGGACGACCAGGUAGAGCUCGAAGACGAUGACCUUCCUGCAUUCGAUCCUUCGGAGAUCGGAGCUACACGAUGUUUGGCUGUGGAAGAGGUGGCUACCGUACAAGGUUUCUAUCAGAACAUCACCUGCACACCACAGCCGGACGCUUUCAAUCCUUGUGAGAACAUUGUUGGCCUAUGGAUCCUUCGGAAAGCUAUUUGGCCUGUGUGUACGGCAGCCAUUCUUGGCAACGUCCUUGUCUGGGUGAUACUCGGUUUGGCCUUUGAGAAGCGAAUGCGUGUACAUUACCUCUUCAUGAUAAACCUCGCCAUUGCUGAUCUUAUCACCGGUGUCUAUUUGGCUGUGUUGGCUGUACAAGAUGUUCGAACCGGUGAUGAAUACUAUAGACAUGCCGUCAGUUGGCAGACGGGCUAUGGAUGUAGCAUGGCCGGGUUUUUCGCCGUAUUGUCCAGUGAGCUGAGCAUAAUUUCAAUGUUUUUCAUUGCUUUCGAAAUGGCAUACAAUACGAGGUACGCUUUCUAUGGUCAACGUCUACGCUUUCCAGUAGCAUGCGCCAUGAUGGCUGGCGGAUGGGUUUUCGCUUUAAUGAUGGCUACUGCUCCUCUGCUUGGCCUCUCAAGCUAUUCUACAGCCAGUAUUUGUUUACCAUUGAGAUUACACAACAUUGGCGAUAGGGUAAUACCUACUAUUGGAUGGAUUUCCAAAUUUCAAAAUUAUCUUUUUAUUUCUCAAAAUCGCCCUUUCAUUAAGGAUCCAAGUACACCAUCACGUGCCGAGGACAAUCUUAUUAUCAAGAAAAUGAUAUGGCUGGUUGGCGCCGACUUUCUCUGCUGGGCUCCGACGCUAUUUUUCGGAUUGUCUGCCGCUAUGGGUCAUCCGCUGAUUUCACUGAGCAGCGCCAAAUUCCUUUUGGUCUUCUUCUUCCCGAUCAACGCCUCAGCCAACCCAUUUCUAUACGUCUUUUUCACAAAGAUCAUUCAAAGGAAUGUCAAGACGAAAGCACUACCGAUGAUCAGGCGGAUAACCAGUACAUCGGGAUAUGAUUUGCCUCCCUCUCCUACUUCUGCUGUUCCAGUGGGUAGUCCAACAAGACUGGGUGUCAGCCAAAUGACUUCACUGAACAGUACACCACGUGGAUCCAAUUGUUCCAAUCAACCCAUGAUGGAGAUCGAUACACCUGAUUUACCACGGAGUUCUACUUGUACACACCCUGUAUUAUUUACUAUCCCCAAGAUGGUUUUUGAGGUGUCCGACUUAUCUGAACACUCAAGCGAAAGCCAUCAUGAGCAUAUACCGAAGAGAAGGAAACCAUCAGAGGUAAUGCCUCGAUUUCGUCCUCCUUAG